UCUAUGUCUGUUUUUUUUUAAUGGUUGUUCAUCUUUCUUUUUUUUUUUUUCAGGGGAAUAUGUCAGAUGUCCUGAUGGGUUAGAGUGGAUAUGAGUAUUACUUUGACCACAUGGAGGUGCUGAUUCAAACGUGUGAUUAAAAGGCAGAAUAAGACAAAAAAUAACAAUAAUUCUGGUCAUAAAUAACUAAUAGAUGUGUGAAUACAUGAAGAGAACUGCUCUUGGCCUGUAAACACAAACAGGCAGAUGUUGGAGGUAUCUUUAGUCCAUUCCAGCUGCCUGGGUCCGCGCCUGUCUUUGCGCAUGUCUCUGCCUCCACCUUGGAAAGCACCGGGGAGGAAGGCGAGGAGGAGAAAAGGAGGCGAACGCACAAAUACAAUGGUCUCUGAAACUGGCAACGACAAUCUGAAGGCCGACUAUCUCCAGUACGAAGCGAGCUACUCCACCGACUCAGCCUCUCCGGAAGCCGGCCAGCCGAGCAGAAGGCGGGACACCCAGACCACCAGCGGCAGCGUCAACCCGGAGGAGAGCGGCAGCAUCCAGCCCCUGGUCUCCUCUGCCAGGGCCGCCUCCUGCAUCAUGACAUCGGGGGAGUUCAUGCAGAGCGCCCCGCUGCUGGCGCACCGGUCCAAGAGGAGCCUGCUGUACAAGGCGCUCUGCUUCUUGCUGCUCGUCUUCCAGGGCGGCGUCCUGGACUUCUACCUCAUCAUCUUCACCGACCUGUACUGGUGCUCGUGGAUCGCCACGGACCUGGUGGUGAUCUCGGGCUGGGGCAUCUUCUUCAUGAAGAACGCGCGGAGCAAGCGGCAGCGGGCCUGCGGCUUCCACCAGAAGGGCUCCAUCUUCGGUUGCAACCUCGGCGAGUUCACCUACGCCUACCUGGCCUGGCUCAUCUAUGUCAUCGCGUGCACCCCCAAGGUGGUGCUCAUCCUGGAGACCUCCAUCCUGGACCUGGUGGCGCUCAAGGUGCCGUGCGGGGCCACCGGGUUCAAAAUCGUGGUGCUGCUCUCCGCGCCGCUGCUCUUCUGCCUCAUCAACUCCAUCAUCGAGGACCUGAACGGGGCGACGCGGCACCACUCCCACAGCUGCUUCAUGGGCACCUGUCUGGACCUGCUGGACAGCUUCACGCUGCUGGAGAUGCUGCUGCGGAGGGAGAUCCCCACCGCCUACCUCAAGUAUACCGUCAUCUCGGUGUUCUUCGUGGCCCUGGCCGUGCCGGUGGUGUGGCUCUACGAGCUGACCGCGUCCGAGCUGCGGUGCCGGUGGCUGUGGGCGCGCUUCGCCACGGCCCUGCUGGUCAACGCCCCCCUGCUGGUGGUGCGCUGCUUCCAGGUGUACGUGUACGAGAUGCCCGUGUCGGUGUUCAUGUUCAAGAACAUCUUCUUCCUGGCGUGCGCGCUCCUGGAGCUGGUGGAGCAGUGCGCGGCGGUGCGCGGGGUCCGGCGGCUGGCGGGCGGCGGCAACACGGCCCAGUUCUCCCACUGCGUGUCCGAGAACGACAUGUGUCCGCACGGAUACGUCAACACCCUGGCCGUCACCCAGUCGUAGAGCCCCCGGGGGGUAGGGGGCGCGGGUGCGGCUGGAGUCGUGCUGCGCGCCUGGCACUGCUGGAAAAACUCUGAAUCACAAAUCAAACCUCUGCUCCGGAUAGUGUCUUCAUUUAGACCAGUGAUUAACUGAAUAACAUACAAGCAACAAACCCUACGUGUGAGGUAUUUAGACUGUGUUGUAGAUGGUCAAACUAAUUUACCUUCUGCAAAAUAAAUUAAGAUUGAAAGGUCAAAACUAUCCAGACAGGUCGAACUUCAAGCACCUCAUCUAAAUACAGAACAACUUCCAAUCCUGAGAGGAGAUUUGUAUUUCCAAUCCUCUGGUGCUCAACACGGUGGCAGGGCUGGAUUCACCUGCUUACAGGCCCCAUGGGCAACAGGCCCCCCAGAGGUCCCCACCUUUGUUCUGUUUAUUGAAUUGAGGCGAAAACAUAAAUUAUUGACAUGCACUUUAGAGUCUAGGCUGCUUUGCCUCCAUAUAAUGACAGAAAAAGCCAAAUGCACAUUUAUGUUUUCAUUAAUUUGUCCAUUUAUGUCUAUAGAUUUAAAUCACAAUCCUUAUGUUGAGUCAGAAAUUUCAACUUGCACCAAACUUUCGCAUCAAAUUCCUGUCUAUAUACCAAAGGUUUUUACUGAGGCUUUUGAUCUUAUAUAUUCCACAGCCUGAUUUAUAAAAUAAUUGAUUUCCUAAAAAUGUAGGGGACAUUUUUACCUUUCAUGGUUGGUCGGUGCUGUGUUUUCACACUCAUGGAAUCAUUCAAAGAGAUAAUACAUAAUUUGCUCUGUAAAAACCUUUAACGCCAAUACGUCGACAAAAUGAACCUGGCUUAAUCCAAUGUUCUGGAAAUGUAUGCAAAUCAUGGCAUGUUUUUGGUCUGCAGUGCUUCAUCUGCACAACCAAACCAAUUAAUCUUUGGGUUCCAAUCCAACAGGCCUGUUUACCGGAUGAUAACGCAGGAGCUACUCUUGGACACUAUCGGUUUAUAUUAACCAACAACUCUAUUGUGAUUUCCACACCUACAGCCUGCUCGGUAUCCAACCAUGACCAGCCAUGUUGAGCCAAUAACCACACUGGAGUUAAGGACUUAAGACUAUAAACUGUUUAUUAAAGGCAAAAAACAACAACCUGGAGCUGACUUAUCAUCUGAGGUUUUGAUUCAGAAAGCAUCUGUACCAGCCUUACAAUUUCUUUUUUUCCUCCGACCAGUCAUCAGGUGCUACACUCAAACACCAAUGCCUGCAACAGGUUACAACGAAUGGAGGACAGACGAGUGUAGUGCAACAGACCUUGUUACGCUGUGUGUGUCCGAUCGGGGCGUUUCGCCGCUUGCACUUGAAUAAAGUGCAGAGAGACAGCCACUGUCGGAGUGGAGUGUUCGGAACGUAAAGUGCAAUUUGAAGAAUCCUGACUCUACUUGUGUACUUCAGUGUUUUCUAUCGAUGACAUUGUUGUCUGCUGGUGUUUGCUGCUUCUAAAUGCUGUGUCCGGUCCUGAGAUUAGAGUUAGACACGUGUGUGUAAAUUGGUGCCAAUGCAUAAAGACCUAAAGACCCGAUAGUGCCAUGACAAACAGGUUUUUUCUACAGCCCUUUUAAACGGACCCCUGGCCGACAGUAGUUUCUGAUGGUAUUGCUGGCUCUGCUACUGUUUACUUCUGGAUCAGGAAUCCCCACAAACAAUCACUGGGGAGGGUUCACUCUUUCACCCAUCGAUUUAAAAGCCCAGUUCUCUCCGUCACCCGAGGGACCAGCUCUGUCAUUGGCCCACAGCAUUUAUUGUUUGCGUCAAGAUCAAAGCCAUGUGUCAUGGUUUUAACACCUGUAGCGGUGGGACCACGUGGAAUCUCAUUGCUCUUAAGAUAGUAAUUUAUAAAGGUUAAAAAAUAGCAAUGAUGAAAACAGUCUGAGUCACAUGUCUGAAUCCAGUAAAUCAUAACUUUAACAUGAGUAUGUGCUAAUCAAUAUUUUUAUAUUAACCGUGUCUUACAUGACUGUUUUGGUCAUAGUAAGGAACCAAAAGAGAUUUAUCCCCAGGCUUCUUUUAGCUCAUUGACUUGCUGUGUUCGGUCCUUGACUCCACUUCCAUUCCAUUCACUGAUAAUUCCAACCGGCAGCAGUUUUUAGUAUAAUUCUUUGAUGGGACGCAAUAUAGUCUCGUGGGCGUCACAGGAUUGUUGUAAUAAGUGAUGUUGCGCUACCUGCUGUGCUUACACGCCUGUAGAGAAGAUCAUUGUUAUAGGUACUGGGAUCCUACUGUCUUUUUGUAAUGUCUAUUACCUCACGACUUCAGAGAAAGGAAGCGCUCCUUCUUAAUUAAGUUGCAUUUCCCAACCAGAAACGUUCUACAAGAGCUAGGGGACCUUUGCUGGAGCUCAUUUCCACUGCAGGCAGCAGGAUCGAAAUCUGUUUUGCCAUCCUAAAAAAUUCCUCUGCUUUGUGGUAGUACUUUCUGAAAGUAAUAGAACCAAGAUGCCUGUUGGUCGCGUAAUAGUUUUCGAUGUAGUCUACAGCAACGUUAUCAACAGUUGUGAUGAACUUAAUAUUCCAUAAUCUUACCUUCCUUUUUUUGUAGACAUCUCAGUCAAUCUCCUCUAUAGGUUGUACAUUAUGUUGCCUUACUUUAAGUUGAGCAUUUCAGGCGUUUUGAAAAGGCUUUGUUGCAAGUGCUUGUCUCUGUACUGAUCGUCAUAGUCGUUGAAAUGUCAACUGGAUUACCAUCACCUGGUGGAGUGGAGUGGAAUGGCUUGUUGUAGCAUUGGUUGUACAGCAGUCAGGAUAAUUUGCUUCAUCUCUCGUGGUUGAAAGACAGUGAUUUUCCAGUUCCUCAGACCACAUGUUCCAAACGAAGGUGGUUGAUUGGUGGAGUAAAGUUGCCAGGACAAAAAAAUGUCAUGAACUUCGGGUUGAAAUGCAGUUGUAGUCAUUGAAAGUGUUGUAGAAUGUCACAAGACACCUGUUUUCCACAGUGGGCCUAAUGCAAGAACUAUUCUAUAUUGUCCUAAGCUGUAAUCAACACUAAUAUCAGCCUUUAGGGCAACACAGUCAAACCAUCGGACAGAUAAAGUCAGUUGAUUCCAGGCUCCCUCUCAGUGCAUUAUUUACCACAGUAGGUUUACUACAGUGACAUCGUGGCUUUGUUUGAACAGUAGGAAUGUCAUGUCAUGUCAUGGUCAGUGUUCUCCCUGAAGAGCUUCUCCUUAAGCUUACAGUGAUGUCAGGAAUAGAGUUGAUGUGAGUGAAGAGUAUGUACGGUAAAGAGAUUGUGCAAUAUGGGUCGGAGGGGUUCAAACUCUUUUUAGUGCCUAUUAUUUAUGGAGUUAAAGAUUAUAGAGUUAUGAAUGAAGGUGGAUUCAUUAUGGUGUAUUUAAUCACAAUGAGGGUAUCAGUGCAAUUUCCCAUCUCUGUUUGCUUCAGUGUAUGCAGGUCAGAGGUGAAUAGGACUUGUGCCUUGCGAGCAGCAUAGGACAGAGGUUUUCAGAGUGGGAGGUGGGGUGGGUGGUGUCUUUUUCCCGGCUUUGUCUGAGGGGAGGCCCACGACCUCAGAAAAAACCUUGGUGAUACGAUGACUGCGGAAGGGUUGGACUUGAUGAAGAGAAAGGGAGGUCAUGUAUGUUAGCUUGCUCUCAGAGCACUUCUGCUCCAAUGAUGGUCGAGUCACGUAGCACCAACCAGGUUUAAAAGCUCAGUUAAAUCCAUUUAAAAUGAACAGAAUUGUGGUUAAAAAUUACAUCGUGAGGUUCUUUGCUCCCAAAAACCUAGUCAUUUGAAGAUAUUGGAAUAUGCAGAAAAAUCAAAGAAUUGUUAAUUUACCUUUAAGGAUCUCACUCAAUCACGGUUCCAUGUCAGGGUCCUUAGAAUGGACUCCAGAGACGUUUAAUUCACAUUUUAAAUAAGGAUUGGAUCUAAAGAGCUUCAGUCCAAAUUUUGUAUUUACAUCUUAAAGUGGUUGACUUUGUUUGAAAGCUCUCAAGGGAACCACCAUAUGAAUCCUGGAAAAACAAGGAGUUUCUAAUAAUGUAAACUCGGAUAACUGUUUCCAGCUAUUGACUGCACUAGUGUGAGAGGUGACUGUAUAUUUGACCUAUGCUGAAGUACAAUCCUUAACCUGCAUCUCGUUGCAUCUCAUGGAGCUGAGUUGACUGUUUCUAAAUCCUCCCCCUUCCCCUGCAGCUGUCAGUCACUAGGAUACAUGGGAGGGUGUCAGUGCUGAUUCUGUCUGAUGACAUAUCCAUUUCUGCCAUUUUCACAGCGCAGGUGUCCUUCCGCCAGCUGCCUGAGGUCGUAAGUCGGCUGUGAUUUCAGAACGAUGGAGGAAUGGGGCAGGAUUUCAGUCAGUUCGGCUGCAGGCGGUGCAGCAGAAUGUUGAACAGACAGAGUAAUAGGUCAAUAAUUUAUAAUUUAAUAGAAAAAGUAAUCAAAUAGAUCGAUAAAAUAUUCAGAAGAUCAACUUUGCUAUGUUUCCAGAGUUUUCAGCCACAUCUCACAGUCUUCUCCAGAGUUUCCAUUGGUGUCAUCAUGUGCUCAAA